UAACACUUUCUAAAGGCUCUAGAUGUCAGAUUUGAAAGUUUAACCAUCACUCUAUAUGGACCCUCUGUGUCUGUGUGUUUAUUAGUGUUUAAACUGAGUGUUUAAGUGUUUUAUUUUUCACCUCACCUCACUCGAUUUGCUUAUUUGGACGCAACCCCAGGGCCGCGUUCCAAACAGCUACGUAUCAGAAAUAUAGGGCACUACGUGCUGCGCUGACGUCACUUGUCCACUUAGUGCCCUACGUAGGGCGCGCGCGGAUAUUUGGGACGCAACCCGUUAGCUUCUCCUGUCGCUUUAAAGGACAAUUAGAGAGCAGAUAGCUUCGGUUAGGGGUGUUUCUCUCUCUCUCUCUCUCUCUCUCUCUCUCUCUCUCUCUCUCUCUCUCUCUGUAGGCGAGCAGUCACGCCUUUCUCACACCGGGAAUUACAGCAGAGUGUUGACACGCAAGUGGGAGAAACCCGAGGAUUUGAAAAAGAAAGAGAAAGAGACAGAAAAGGGGGGAAAAGAGAGAGAAAAAAAGGGUUAGCUGAGAGAGAGAGACGUCGCUUUCAGGCUUUGUUUUCAUCUGGAUGUGGAGUGUUAAAGAGAAAACCACACACACACACACACACACACGGAUUAAACACCUCAACACCACCCGAGUUGGAUGUGAUUAGAUCAGGACGUGUGUGUGUGUGUGUGUGUGUGUGUGUGUGUGUGUUGGAGGACUAUGGACCGAGGACAGUGUGAUGGGACGCAGGACAGAGAGAAGUUCAGGACGCCAUGGAAACCGUUCCACUGAUUAUUAGCAGCUAACACCAUCAUCAUGCCGGGAGCUUGAUUGAGCACAAUGUGGUGUUUGACGGAAACGUGGAUCUCACACACUUCUGGAUCCUUCACAGCUGCUUCUAAAGUGUGUUGAUUACAAACACACACACACACACACAGAGCUCAGAUACGUUCGUCAUCCUUCAGACACCUCGAGCGAGUGAUGUUGGUGUCUUCAUCCCGCUUUCAGCAAACUCAUCCAUCCAGACAAUCAGACGUCACUCCGUGUCUUUAUUAACGUUCUCAUUAAUCAGAAACAACAUGGCCGACCAGAGCAACAUCCAGUGCGCCGCUUCGAAAAGCAUCCGGCCGUUUAAGUCCAGCGAGGAGUAUCUCUACGCCAUGAAGGAGGACCUGGCCGAAUGGCUGAACGGCCUGUACGAUCUGGACAUCACGGCCGACACGUUCAUGGAGAGCCUGGAGACGGGCUGCGCCCUCUGUCGCCACGGCAACAACGUGAACCGCGCCGCACUCGAGUUCCUGUCCCAGCACCCGGAUUCGUCGCUCCUCGCUCCCAGGCGGGACGUGGCGUUCCAGUCGCGCAACGUGGUUCCCGGAUCGUUCGUGGCGCGCGACAACGUGUCCAACUUCAUCAGCUGGUGCAGGCACGAGCUGCGCAUCAAAGACGUGCUGAUGUUCGAGACCAAUGACCUGGUGGAGCGCUGCAACGAGAAGAACUUUGUGCUGUGCCUGCUGGAGGUGGCGCGCCGAGGGGCCAAGUUCGGCAUGCCCGCCCCCAUGCUGGUGCAGCUCGAGGAGGAGAUCGAGGAGGAGAUCCGUGACCAGGAGAACCUGCAGCAGAACGCCGACAAGCCGAGCAGCAGGAGGAUUAAUCGGGAGAAGAGGAACAGCAGCUCGGAUACGGAGAACGUCAGCAGCUGGAAACAGCAGAAGAGAGUCCUGUGUGACAUGCGCAACCUGGACGAGCUGGUACGGGAGAUCCUCGGCCAGUGCUCGUGCCCCGCCCAGUUCCCCAUGACCAAAGUCUCGGAGGGAAAGUACAAAAUAGGCGACUCCAGCGCACUGAUCUUCAUCAGGGUGUUGAGGGCCCACGUGAUGGUGCGUGUAGGCGGAGGUUGGGACACGCUCGAGCAUUACCUCGACAAACACGACCCUUGUCGCUGCAACGCCUACGCUCACCGCUCUCAGCAGGGUAAACCCAGCGGUCAGGCUCCUCACAGUAAGAACUCGAGCGCGCACUCGUCCCGCUCGGCCAGCCCCGGGCCUCAUUACAAACCGUCCGAGCGUCGCUCCCUGGACCCUUCGGCGCCUUCCGCUCCCUCCUCUUCCUCAUCGUCCUCCCCCAGACUCACCAGGGCCAACCUCGGAGACGCGGAGUCGAACAGGGGCAGGACGAACGGCGCGCUGCUGCCCAAACCGCCCCGAGACAAAUCAGAGCCACGCCAGCUCAACCCCAUCAGGAAUAAGGACACUCUGUCACAUUUGACUCGCCGUCUCUCUGGAGACAGUGACUCCUCUAAUGCCUCCUCUAAAGGUGGUGGUGGAGGACCAGGAGGAGGCGGAGGAGGACGUUUGUCUUUAGGAUCUCGUCGCAGUAACGGCGAAGAGGUGGUCUUCGUGGUCAACCGAAAAGAAGGCAAGCAUGUGAUCGAGCGCACAGGGGGCAGCGCUGGACAGAUGCCUGCUCUUCGCACCCCUCAGCCACGAACUCGCAGCACCUCCAGAGAACGCCCCGUACCUGCUUCCUCCUCCUCACCAGGCAAAAUGAAGCCCUGCCCGCCCCAAGGCGGCACCACACGCUUCGAGAGGGGCAGAUCCUUGGGGCCGGAUGGGCCCCGAAGGCUCCAGACUUCCCGCUCUCUCAGCCAGGGCAAGACUCCACAACGUGGGCGAGCAAGCGACGGUACACCUGCUUCCCCUCGCCACAGAGACGCUCAAGAUGACGCGAGAUCUAAGCAGGCACCUCCAGGUUCACCUAGGCUAAGCGGAGGCUUCUCUAAGAGACAAAUGCCCUCGUCAGCCUCUUCCUCACCUGUUAAAGGGGUCACCGGAAGUCCUAUGAAAAAGAGCACUGCGGCCCCGCGACCUACUGCCCCACGCUCGCCCUCUGUGGGGAAUCGGAGGUUGCUGCCCCCCAUCUCACAGCCAGGUCGGCGCUCUCCACACUCGACCCCCAGGUCCACACAGAGAUCAACCCAUCACCACCCACCACGGUCACCUCGAGCAUCAGGGAGGCCGACUCAGAGAGGAUGGGGUCAACAAAAUCAGCCAGAUCCCCAAGAUGACAUGGGGAUUGGGUUCAGCUUAUGUUCUUUACCCGCUCUGGAUCCAAAACGUGAGCUGGAGCUGUAUCGCAGCUUCGAGGCAGAGUUUCUGGCCAACACGGGCCAAGCCAGACUUCCUGAAACAAAGGAAGCAUCAAUGCAGCUUCCUGUCUCUCAGCAGGGCUUCAGGCCAUCAGGAGACGUUAAUGUAGCGGAUUCAGCCUACUCAUCUUCUAACUCCUCAUCCUCCUCUCUGAAUGUGGGGGGAAAAGUGGGAAUUCUGCCUGACUUGCGUGAGACGAGGCAUACUGACGGCGCCCGAAGCUGCGCCCUGGAGGAUCCUCCAACCUUGCUGCACAGCCAGACCCGAGCCGGUCUUCCCAACGGAGGCUACCGCAAACUUCCUGCCAUCUCCAGCUCCACAGAGGAAGGAGAUCCAGGACUCCACUCUAACCACCUCCACGCUGGUCUUCAAAUAAACGGGGGUCACAGGGGGUUCUCGAACUCUGUGGUACCCAUGGAGGCGCAGGCGGAUUGGGCUUGUUUGGAAGGCGAUGUCCCUUUGGACGAUCACGACCCAGAUCUACCCUACGACCAGGGUCUCUCUAAUGACAUCCCACUCCCAGACUCAUUCCCGUCACCUCCUCCACCUGAGGACUGCUCCUACAACGACUCCUCCAGCGAGAGCUCUUCCAUGUGUCUCAGCCUGAGCGAACAGAUUUCCGAAGGUUCCUGCAGCCCCCCGUCCUCGCUGGCUAAUGGAGACACGGACAGCACCGUGGUCCUCCGGGCCAAAAGAGGGCAGAAGAAGGCAGACAGGGUACCUUCCAUAUACAAGCUCAAAUUACGGCCGCGGAUACGGCCUCGCACGGACAACAGGCCCGAGAACAGUCCGUCACGCAUCCCAACGCCUCUCAGCUACAGAGAGCUACAGCAACGGAAGGCUUCCGGAAACCUGACGCCCCCUCAAUCGCCACACACCCGCAGAAAUCUGCACCAAGCCUUCGGCGAUGUUAUCCGCCAACAUCGGAGAUCGGCCAGCGUCGGAUCCAGAGAACGCUCGUUCUCGCCAGAGCCCAGCCUGGACCCGGACCCCUGGAUGUAAUCUGGAUUGGACGUUGAGAGUGACUUGCUUUCCCGAUCUUUCCACGACCCUGUGCACCUACGGAAAGGCUAAAUAACGACAGGACAAAGAUGCUAAAGCACUAAAAACAAAGAUGGCGUCUAUUAGCAUGACCUCUUGUUCAAGCAUGUCACGAAUCUCUCACAGCCUGAGCCUGGACACUUUUCUCCUGACUACUGGACUCCAAAAAAUAACAAAAAAAAAUUUUGACCAAAGUAUAUAUUUAGCUUAGCAUGUUAUGCAACUUCUUUUUAACUGUAUGAGAAUAUUUAUAGCUCGGCUGUUUUUUUUUAUUUUUUUAUUUUUUUUUUUUCUGGUUUACGCACGCUAUAAACUUCAAGAAGAUGAAAAAGGAGGAAAUGAGAACGAUGACGAAAGAGCACAGGGUUCUCUCAAGGACAAAAAGUCUGAAGCGUCACUUCGGUGAGCGGAAAAUAGUGACGGAAGCGAGAAGUCGGCGCUCGUGUUUCCCAUGACGUCUUCGGCGAUACAAGUCGGAUCGCGUCCUUCGCUCGAACAAACGCGACUCUCACUUCGAAUGUCGUGACUGGACCUGAAACGGAUUAUGGCUUUUUAAUUUUACGCAUUUUAAGUUCCUACUUUGUGCUUGUUUUAUUUGGGGUUGCUAUAGCGACAACUUAUUUUACAAAAGGACAAACUGGGUUUGGGUUUUUUUUUUUUUUUUUUUUUUUUCUCUCUGAGAAUAUUGCUUUAUUUAAACAUAAACUGAAGGAGGCGGAGUUUGGAGCUGUCAUUCAAGCAAGUUUGGAUCCUAUUGGACCACUACGUUGGUGUAAACCAAUCAGUGACUCAGUGAAAUGAUGCGGAACGUAGGAAGGCUGGAACCGAGUCUACGUUUGCAUUUUCUUUAUCUUUUUUUUUUUUUUUUUUUUAAAUACCGUAUUUUCUGGACCCGUAAAUUCAUUCUGGAACAAUCUUCUAGAAAAUUCCGUCUCUGCGUGAGGGUACAUUUCAUAUUUUUAUUUCUCAUGAAAAAGUUAUAUUUAGCACCUUUUCUUUCUCCCUGUGGAAACAUUUAAAGGUUCUGUGUAGAACCCUAUGACAGACCUUUUUAAGUUUUAGAGUAGAAGCCAUUUAGAAAGUGUUUCACUUCAAGUUCUAUAAAGAACAUGAGUCAAGAUCUUCUGGGCUCCAGUGGACUCCAUGUCAUGGGUUCUGUAAAUAGACAGAACCCUGGAUUUUAAAUAACUAUCUUGAGGUAUCUUGAGAACCUUCCUAGAACAUUUUCUGAAAGGGAAACUCAGCAUAGAACAAUCAAGGGUUCCCUCACAGAUCCAAAGCAGAGAUCCCUAAGGGUUCUAGAGUCAACCUACGAUGUUGACGGGUUCUAGAUUCAAUCUAGAAGUUCAUGGCAUACAGACAAAUCCUUUGGAGCGUAACCUUUCAUAGAGUUUGUCAAAUAGAAAUAGUUUUAUCUAGAACCAUUAAACAUCAAAUGAACUUUUAAGGAACUUUUAAGCUGUUUUUUUCUAAGAAUGUAGGGUUCCUCAAAGGUUCCUCAAGGGUUCUUUAAAUAACUCUAUAUUCUUAGGAAAAAUAAAAAAACCUAAAAGUUACUUAAACAUCAAAUGAACUUUUAAGGAACUUGUAAGCUUUUUGUUUUUUCCAAGAAUAUACAGUUCUUCAAAGUUUUCUUAAGAGUUCUUUAACUGGUUAAUGGUUCUAGCUUUCUAAAUGAAAAUGCUCUGCUGUAAAUUUUGAGAUUCUCCCACAAAUGCAAGCUGAAGAACCUUACGGGUUCUAGAGCCUUUUUUUAAAAGACCGUGGCGUAUAUGCAAGUUAGUGGAUAGAUAAAUUGUAGCUAGUCAGCUAGAACCCGUUUUUAAAUAACCUUUCUUAGGAGCAAAAUACUGUCAAAUAGAGACGGUUCUACCUAGAACCAUCAACCAGACCAAAGGAACUUUUUAAAGAACGCUGUUUUUCCUAAGAGUAUAUUUAUGGUGGAGCAUCAAAAAGGCUUCCUCGAGGGUUUCCUAAAAUAGUUUUAGUCCUCUGUCAUAGGGUUCUGUGAAGUACCUUUUAAGGUUCUCCACAAAUUCAAACUGAAAAAUUUUAAGGAGUAUAAAUUCAACCUAGAGUAUAGUUAAAGGAUUGCUUUAACAGUUUCAGCUUUCUGAAGGAAAAUUGUCUGUUGUAGGGAGUCACACAGAACCUUUGAGGGUUCUCCAAAGAACUUUAAAAUUUUUUUUUUUUUCUUCUUCUUCCCAAAAGAACAGGGUCAAAUUGUAAGUCGUCAUCUAGUGCAAGAAAACCGUAGAGUUUAACGGUUCUCUGGAACUUUCUGAGGAACCCAUUUCUUCUUAAGAGUGUAGCUCUUUUUUUUUUUCUAGCUAGUUCUAAAGGAAAGCCCACUGUUCUGUAGGGUUCUGCGUAGAAUCUUUUGGGGUUCUCUGAAGAACUUAACAGGUUCUAGAUUCAACUUUUUGAAGAACUUCUUUUGUUUUUUUUGUUUUUUUAUCCCCGGAGAAUAUUUUUUCGUUCAGCUACGAUUCUGUGAUUUCUGCUAGCGCGAGAUAAAAACGUUGCCGUAUGGUCCAGAAAAUACGUUAAAAUACGAUGAAUCCGUUAAAUCACCUGUUCACGAAUUGCUUUUCCAGAAACACUAGAUUAUAAACACACACACACACGGUUGCGAUAUGUUCCGUCUGCGACGUGCACGCUGGACUCACUCGCUUAUAAAAAUAUUAGAAAUAUCUUAAGAAAAAAAAAGAAUCUGUAUAUAAAUAGAAAGUAUUUAUGUUCUUAAAAGGAUUAAGGUAUAUGUAAUAUAUGUGUAAAUGUUCAUUGUUGUGGGCUUGUGUUGUGAAUUUACUGGAGUUUAAGUUUAUAAUUGUAAAAUAUUCACGCCGUUAAAACGUGGGUUUGGGUCGAUAUGUUUUUUUUCUUUCUUUCUUUUUUGUUUUUGUUUGUUUUUUUGUCUCAGCUAUGCAAUAUCGCUGUGAGAAAUGUUGCCUUGACAAUUCAUCUUGCCUUAAAGAACGCACAAGUGUGUGCGCGAGUGUGUGUGUGCGCGAGUGUGUGUGCGCGAGUGUGUGUGCCCGAGUGUGUGUGCGCGAGUGUGACGUUGCACCCUUCAUUGUCGUCUAACUUUAAAAAAAAAAUCACUACAUUAAGAACACACACUAUAUAGUUUAGCUCCUUAUGGUACCACGUGAAAACAAACUCCGCCCCCUGAUCACGUGACUCGACGUAUUUCGGACAAGGUGGAUUCUGUAGAGGGCUUCGAUGUAGCAAACGGCUACACAACGAGUACACAAAUAUGAAAGGUUCUCGAGGUUCUCGAGGUCGUGGAUAGUAACUUGUAGUCGUGUGGCGCCGCCUAGUGGCUGAGUCAGCGACCGACGCGGCCGUCGUUUCAUCACAGAAGCAGGUUUUAGUGUUUUAGAGGAAAGAGAGAGUGAUGUAAAUGUGUGCGCUGGAAUGAAGGAAGUGCGUAUGUGAAGGUUUGGAGGUGUUUUGUGGGGAUGUGUGUAACGUUUAAGGUGUUUAACUCGAGGUGGAUGAUGUCGCUGCUCGAGGUUUUGGAGUUAUUAAGUGAGAAACUUGAUACGCUUUUAGAUUUACGGUUUAUUCGUCCGUCCUUUAAAGCCUUAAUCAGGAACCAAAACGAUGCGAUUCAUCUGAUACACGCCGCAGAACCCGAUCAGAACCCGAGUUUAUCCAAAAACCCUUUUUUUUUUUUUUUUUUUUUAAUUAUUAUUAUUAAUUAUUAUAUAAUGUUUAUAUAUGAGAUGGACAUUUUUUUUUCUU